UCAAUGUGUUCCCUGGCAGGCAGGGGUAAGAUUGGGGGAAGGUGGAGGGGGAAGGGGGGAAAGGGGCGCAGGGCAGGGUGUUGCGGGCUGCGAUUGAGUCUCCUCAUCCAGAUACAGCACGUCCAGCACCUUGCUCGGCAACUCAGGGCUGCACAGAGAGAGAGAAAAGGUAGACGAAAUAUGUGCGUUUGAAAUGAGAGAGAGAGAGAGAGAGAGAGAAGGUAGACGAAAUAUGUGCGUUUGAAAUGCAUAUCGAUCUGCCUGCUGUUGUCGGCUACUGCUCACCUGGUGUUAUAUGCCCACGACACUAGAUACACCGGCUUGCGAUCGAUAGGUGAGUUCUUAAGGAUAUCCAAAACAAUCUCAAAGUCACCAUCGCCGGCCACCAGGACAAGAGCAUGUACAGCUCUCUCCAGCUCUCGCCUCUGCAGCUCCAUGGCAAUCUUGACGUCACCGCCCCGCUGCUUCAACGAGUACUCAUAGCAGAAUUUGCAUUGCGAUGGCUUCAACCUGCGGAAGGUAAACAGAAAAAGCUCUUAGGACUCAUUGUCGAUACGUCGAUGUGUUUUCUCCUUUGUGCAUGCUCCUCCCACUCAAUGACUGCUCACAUACUUCGUUUCGAAGACGCUGUAGCGUUUUCUCUUCAGCGCCUCGUGAAAAUGCCACAGCUCCUUUUUGGUAGCACUGCUGAGCUCGGUUGGAUCGGUGCUCACGUACAGGCAGUGAAAAGGACUUACAUGUAAGCCCCACUUGGUCUCGAUCUUCCUCACAAGGACUUCAAAGUCCUUCACUCUAGGGGCUCUCCAGUAGUGGCCCUUGAAUGUGCGAUACCAGUAACCGCCAUCCACAACGAGCGAUGCGAGCGAUGCGAGCGAUGCAUUGGGAAGGAAAAACGUGUCGGUUUUGAUGGCGUUAGGUGUGUUGGGCUCGCUGCGCGCGCGCUGUGAUGGUAAGUGAGGCGAUUGACUGCACAUAGAAUACGAGGAAACAGGGGGAUCCAUUUGAUAAGUAGUUGUAUGUGUGUGCAUACCUAGUCAAAUGGCCAUUCGGCGGAAGGGGCAAGAAGGGACCAGUCAUUUGACGAGCACUGCACACAGACGCGAACAAAUAGCAUUCAUCUGCAAGACGACUGGAACGAAGUGUACUUCGGUCAUACGUACUCGCUGGGCGUAGGGUGCUGCGCAAAGACAUGAGGGCUUGGCACGCCGCUGUUUGGUGGAACUCAAGUCGUUUCAAGCCUGAAAGAGCGUUACAUACAUCCGUGGACACGCGAAUCGUCUCGUGGCAUUUACCUGUCAAUUCGGAGCUCGUAGGACGCGAUAUCUUCCUGCAUGCCAAUGACACACUUGAACGAAUCUUGGCAUAUCAACCAGACACGUAAUCACGUGCACAACUAACCUUUCAGUUGAAAGCGGGGGCACCACACUUCGAUCCGACGCCUGCGACUGCGGAGAGGCCUGCGGCCCACAGGCAAGCAUCUUGUGAGCACUGCACAAACGCAAUGCACACAAAGAUGUAAGCCUGCAACCACCAUUCUUCUUCGCUGGCCAGCCACCUCUCUUGCUCUUCCACGUCGUCAGCUGCGCUCACAUAUGCUCCAUCGGCAUUAUGUCCAUGCGAUUCCUCAUGCUCGGUCGAUGCAGCACACGGAGGCGGCCGCAGGUCGGAAACCGAAGGAGGGGGUGCAUGUCCACGAGCCUCCUCGUGACCAGUGGAUGAAGCAUAGGGAGGGGGCAGCGGGCUGGACAGCGAAUGAAGAGGACCACCCUUCGUAUCUCCAGUCUCGGUCCCUGUGAAUGGAUCAGUGCCAAACAAGGGAGUCACCAGACGGGCAGGGCCAAGGGAUGGCUGCUGUGCCGAAGUAGACCUGGACGAAGAAAGUCCCUCAACGAGAGAAGUGGCAUCUGCAUCAUGACCACGCGCCUUCUGGUCAUCAUGGGAUGCAGCAGGGAGAGGCGGCACCGGGCUGGAAAUUGAGCGGGGAGAAGCGUCGAUCGUGUGUCCGUUGUCCGUCCCCGAGGGAGUGUCCUCGCAAGGAAAAGAGGAGGGGGCAGGGUCAGGCUGCUGGGCUGAAGACGAUGAAGAAGGUCUCUCAACGAGAACGCUAAGGACAACUAAUGAAGAGAAAUAACGGCUGAUGAUGACGCAUCGCUUUGUUUCUCUGCUUGUUCCUACCUUGCAUUGGUUUCUUCCGUCGCACCGCUACCCUCCGCUGCCGUUCGAUUCAUGCCCAU